GCAACCAGCGGCUAGACCAGACUCUGUCCGAAACGAUGGUGUUGGACCUCAUAGUCCUCGUCGGGUUCGUGGUGGUCAACAACCCACAACUGCAGGAGACAAUCCUCGAAGGCUGGAGCGUGAUCAAGACUCUCUGCACGCUUCCAGCCAACUGGCUAGUGUCCAAGACACACAGCAAAGCCCUACUACCGACACUAGCUGCGUUGUCUGACAGACCUUCGGCUGCCGCGGCCAUAGCAGCCGAGCUUAGCACUGAGAUGAUAGAAGAAUUCAUGAGCAGCUCCGAAGCGCAGAAGGUCAAACUGGUACAGGUCAUCAAGCAAGGACGCAGCAAGAAGCCGGGAAAGAAGUAAACGCUAACCUCAAGGUCAGACCUGGACUUUAUAACUAGAGCCAUAAGGUGUAACUUUCUUGUUCUUAUCUAAUAAAACUUAGAGGAAUUGAUUUUCUAAUCAAUGAACGCACUAGUUAUCCUUGUGACACGGGUCGCGUUAGAUAUUUUCGAAUUGUAUUUGCACGAUUGAGUAGUUAUCGUGUUUCGUCUCUUUCUUUCGUCGACAAUAGUAGAGUGACGAA